AUGGACUUGACGGAGACGCCGCUGGACCUGAGGGAACAGCGCCCUGCCGAAGAAGAGGAAGUCGAGGGCAAAAAGCCGAGCCUUGUCAAGCCGCCUUAUUCCUACAUCGCCCUCAUCACCAUGGCCAUCCUCCAGUCCCCGCACAAGAAGUUGACACUUAGCGGGAUCUGCGAAUUCAUCAUGACACGGUUCCCGUACUAUCGGGAAAAGUUCCCGGCCUGGCAGAACUCGAUCAGGCACAACCUCUCUCUCAACGACUGCUUCAUCAAAAUCCCAAGAGAGCCAGGAAAUCCCGGAAAAGGCAACUAUUGGACAUUGGAUCCGAUGGCCGAGGACAUGUUCGACAACGGCUCAUUUUUGCGGCGGAGGAAGCGGUACAAGAGAGCUGCUCCUGAGGUGGUGCCGCCGUACCACUACCCGUACCUGGCACCAAUGCCGCCUCCAGCUCUCCUGCCUCCAGGUCCUCUGGCAAGGAUCCUCUUGCCAUGUCCUCCUCGACCGCGGCCUUCCUUCUCCAUCGAGUCGCUGAUCGGGAACCCGGAUCCAGAGCCACGCAGCGCCUUCACUCCUCUUCACACCACAGCUUGGGCAAGGAGCUGUGAAGUUGUCGAGUUAGCAUUUAGCAAACCUCACCAGAAUGCGUUGGUGAUCUAGUCUUCACAAAGUCCGGGAUUUCGCAGUGAAUUUCGGACAUUGGGUAAAUAAAGAUUUUUCUUUUGUAAAUUUUGUAUUUAAUUUAUUUGAUGAAGAAAUUCUAUGAUUCACCAUAAUUUCUCAUUUGAAUAUGUAACAUAUUUUAUAGUUGUAAAAAUAUAAUCUCCUUUUCAUUUUUAUUUUUGAAUUGUUUUUUUUUUUUCUAUUUAUUUUAAGUUAUUAUAAUUUUGUUGAUCAGACUGAUUAUUUUAUAGUGCAUUUAUUUUUGUAUAUUGUUUAAUAUUUUUUACACAAAAAAAAUUGUAAUUUAUGGAUGGGAACAAAAGGGGAACCUUCAAGUUAAUGUGUAUCAUAUUAUAUAUAAAUAUAUAUAUAUAUAUAUUGUUUAAAUUAUUCAUUAGGUAUAAUUAGUUAGUAAAUGAUUUGUCUAUGAGAGGUGAAUAAGAAAGUUUUAUACAAAGAUAUAGUAUAUUGUUACCAAUAUUGUGUAAUAUUAUCAUAAUUAAUGUAAAUUUAAUUAAACUAAAAUAAUGAGUGAAAAUUAAAAAAAAAAAAGCUUAAAGCAAUUUUUAAAAUUUUCUUUAGUCGAUUUACUAUUUCUUCCAUUGUAUCUACUACACAUUAUUUAUUGUGACGCUAUAUAUAUUAAAUAAAAAUAUAUAUAUCUGUAUACGUAUGAUUGUAUUUGUUGUACAUGUGUAAUAUUUCCGUAGCUGUAUAAAUAGGUGAUGCAGUAAACAAAUAAAUCGUUAUAAUUAUAUUUAUUCUUUAAACCAAAUGUAGUUCUUUUUUAUUUUUAUUUAGAUAAAUUAUUCCCGA